UGACCAUAACAAUCUGUCAAAUUGAAUGCUCAUGAAACGAUUACAACCUAAUUAAGAAUUUUUUGUGGAUAAUUAAACCUACCAUCACAGAAUAAUAGCUUCAAUUCACAUUUCAAUGAACUGUUUAGAUUGAUCUCAAAAUUAAGUUUUUUCUAACUAUUUUUUGUUUAUCGAUUACAUGUAUUAGUUUAAGUAAAGGUUAAUUAGUUUUUGUAUUAUAGGUUUAGAACAAUGGAUUUGUGAUGAUCAAAGAGAAAAAGACAACAAAUGCUAGUAAUUGGGACCACAUUAUAAUUACAAACGAACCAAACAAAAUCAAUUAGUAUUCUGAAGUGAAAGCGACUAAUUCUAUAUACCAAAUAAAUUUUAAUUGAAAAUAAAUAAAUAAAUAAGUGUGUACAUAUAUAUUUUGUUGGUAUACUAGAAAGCUUGGUACAUCAAUCAUUAUAGCAUAGAAAAUUUCAAUAGCAUAUAUAAUUUUUUAAUUCAUGCAUGCAUGCAAGUUAUAGAAGUGUUGUGGUAUAAUAUUGUUUCGUCUAAUUAAAUAAUUAUUCAUCUGUAAUAUGCAUUUAUACUUAUAUAAAUUAUCAAUUAGUUUAGUUUAUGUUCACAUGUUUGUCCUUUUCGGAACUUUUAAAGUUUGGACAAAUAGUAACUAAAGAUAAAUCAAAACAAAGACUUAUUGUUGUACCUGCAAAAAAAAUUGGGAUGAACACAAAUUCUAAAGUCAAACUAACAGUGAAGAGUAAUUGGUGAGAGCAUCAAUUAAUGAACAUACUAACGUAUUUGCACCAAUCAGUAAAUGGCAUAAAAUCAUUUAAAUCAGUAAAGGAUAUCAUUUAUUUCAUAUACUCUAAAACUACAAAUACAAAUAUUAUAAGAAAACUACGAAGUUAGUAAUAAUUACAAAAUAAAAUCUCAAAAAUAAAAUUUAAGUUUUUUUUGUUUGUUUAAAAGGACCACCAUAGCUCCUCUUUCUUCAGUUAACAUGAUCUAAAUUCACUAAAGAGAAAAGAAAGAAAAAAAAACUUUCAAUAAUGUUGGUUCAUGCGAAACUUUCCGCUUUUCUCAUUGUGAUGAUAACGUUUUCACAAGCUAACUCCGAUCUAGUCCGCCUUGAAGAUGACAACAGCAACGGAUUCAUAGCGACGGUGAUCCGAGUUUGCAAAGGAUAUGACGACAAAAAAUCAUGUCAAAACCUUUUGUUGGAGCUCAAGAUGGUAUCCUCGUCACUUUCGGAGAUGAGAUGUCGUGAUUUAUUGAUUGCCGUUUUAAAGAACUCUGUGUCGAGGAUCAACAUUGGUAUGCUUGGUGUGAGGGAAGACACGAAACUACUUGAGGAGGUGGAAAGUAAAAUGCUUGGUUUGAGGGAGGACACAAAUCUAUUUGAGGAGAUGAUGGAGUCGGCAAAAGAUAGGAUGAUCCGUUCAGUGGAGGAACUCUUAGGAGGAGAAAGCCCUAAUCUUGGAUCUUACGAAAAUGUCCACACUUGGAUUAGUGGCGUUCUUACUAGCUACAUCACAUGUACCGACGAAAUUGGUGAAGGUGCCUAUAAACGUCGGGUUGAGCCAGAGCUUGAGGACCUCAUUUCUAGGGCAAGAGUAGCUUUGGCCAUUUUCAUCUCCAUUUCACCGAGAGACGACACCGAACUUAAGUCGGUGGUUUCCAAUGGCCCGUCGUGGUUAUCCAACGUUGACAAAAAAUAUCUAUAUCUUUAUCGUGAGACUCUAAAGAAGAUUGCCGAUGUUGUGGUCGCGAAGGACGGGAGUGGAAGUUACAACACAGUGAAUGCGGCCAUUGCAGCGGCACCUAAAUUCAGCCGAAAGAGAUUCGUCAUCUAUAUAAAGACAGGCGUCUAUGAUGAAAUCGUCAACAUUGGGAGUACGAAAGCCAAUUUAACUCUCAUCGGUGACAGUCAAGAUUCAACUAUCAUCACGGGUAAUUUAAGCUAUAGCUAUGGUAAAACGACUUUCUACACUGCAACUGUUGCUUCUAAUGGUGACGGAUUCAUCGGAAUAGACAUGUGCUUUCGAAACACGGUCGGGCCGGCGAAAGGACCAGCUGUUGCCCUCCGUGUGAGUGGUGAUAUGUCUAUCAUUCACCGAUGUUGUAUCGAGGGGUAUCAGGAUGCGUUGUAUUCUCACAAACACCGCCAGUUUUAUAGGGAGUGCUUUAUUACCGGCACUAUAGAUUUUAUUUGUGGAAAUGCUGCGGCGGUCUUCCAAUUCUGCCAAAUUGUUGCAAGAAAACCUAUGAGGGGGCAUAGCAAUGUGAUAACCGCUCAGUCACGCGUAAGUGAGAGCGACAACUCCGGCUUCUCAAUUCAGAAAUGCAACAUCACUGCAAGUUCCGAUAUAGAUCCUCUUAAAUCAACCGUGAAGACAUUUCUUGGUCGUUCAUGGAGGAAAUAUUCAACAGUUGCAGUUCUACAAUCUUUCAACGGUGAUUUAGUUGAUCAUGCAGGGUGGACUCCUUGGCAAGGAGAAUUUGGUCUAUCAACUCUCUACUACGGAGAAUAUCAAAACAGAGGUCCAGGAGCUGUGACUAGCAAAAGGGUAAAGUGGACAGGGUUUAGAGUUAUUACGGAUCCUAAAGAGGCUGCAAAAUUCACUGUUACCAAGCUAUUACUUGGGGAAUUGUGGCUGAAAACAAGUGGAGUUCCGUACGAAAAAGGGCUCUGAUGAUAUUGUUCCUCUUAUGUUAAUUCACUAUGAGUUAAUGUACUUAAUAAAAGAUAUUAUCUGCCAAUUUCUCUAUUACUCGUCCAUUAUCUAUACUAUUAAUUGAGAAAGAGGACCAGCAAAAUGUCAUGCCUUUUGAGCUACAUUUAGUUUUCGUUGGCUUGUAGAGUGUAAAGAAAAAAGGAAAAAAAAUUAGGAGUAAAAUCGCACAUUAACAUCACCAUUUGAGCCGACCCAAGCCGUGAGAGAAACCGACCCGUCAAACACGCGCGAAUGUUUGAAAAAUGCAUUUGGGUCGGUUGAAGAUUACGCGCGGAUCUUUGAAAAAUGCAUUUGGGUUGGUUGAAUUUUCGAUCCGAUUACACAGUGUGGAUAU